AUGGUCCGCGACCGAUUGUCGACCUACCUCGAAAUACAGAACACCUUCGCAGACACUAUGUACGGCUUCCGCCCACACCGGUCCGCACAAGAUGUUCUGCUCCAACUCCAUCGGGAGAUCCUGGCUCCGGUCGAACACCCCAGCGACGAUAAGGUAGUUCUUGCCUUGGACUUAAAGGGGGCGUUUGACAACGUGACCCACGAGAUCAUCCUUACACACCUGUCCCAAACAGACUGUGGAUACAACACAUUUCGAUACAUCCGACAAUUCCUGACGGAUCGGCAAUCCUACAUUCGUCUGCAACACUCAGAACAUGGCCCGUACCAGUUUGUUACGCGAGGGAUGCCACAGGAAGCGGUUCUCUCACCACUCCUCUUCAACUUGGCCAUGGUCAGGCUCCCUACCCUACUGAGUGCGGUCCCCGGCGUGCAGCACGCUCUGUACGCCGACGACAUCACUCUGUGGGCAACACAUGGUUCGGUAGGAGACAUCGAGACCAGCCUGCAGCAAGCGGCGUCUAUUGUGGACGAAUACGCACGCCACUGCGGUCUUGAAUGCUCCCCGAGCAAAUCGGAAUUCGUGCAUCUUCGGCCCAAUCCGAAAUGCACAGCCAAAAUCGCCCUCUCCCUGCUUAGCGGUCCAAUCCCCGAACACGAGGAGAUACGAGUAUUGGGACUCUUUAUUCACCGGAACCGCAAGAUUGAUACAACUCUCCAAAAGCUCCGCAAGGUGGGGGACCAAGUACGACCCCUCCCCAGCAACAUGACCAAGGAUGCCCACGAUGGCCGCCGCCUCGCGCGUGCGGCGUCUAUUUCCGAGCGAUACGGCACCCGGCCGGGGGUAUUCUACACCGAUGCAGCUGGACCGCACCACGGGGGCUGGUAUACGGCAGCUGUCAUCCAACAAAAUGAACCAGUACAGGGCCUCACUUUCCGUGCCCCUAACAUAACACACGCGGAGGAAGUCGCCAUCAAGCUAGCCGCCGCGGAUCCAGCAAUUCCCGAGUCAUCAUCACCGACUCUAGGGAAGCCUGUCGCAACCUGCAGCAGGGACGCAUUCCGUAUCGUGCCUUUAAAAUUCUUCACAGAUGUGAGUACCAGGGUUACGCGACCCGGCGAACCGUCAUCUGGGCCCCAGCACAUGCGGGAAUCGAGGGAAAUAAGGUAG